AUGCAGUUGAAGUCCAUUAUUCUCGCUCUGGCUUUCAGUGCCUUUGCUCAGGCUCAGACUAUUCAUGGCUACUCCGAAAAGGAUUGCAAGGGGACCAACCCCACAGAUUCCACUAGCUCAAAAACAAAUACGUGUCUGACCCUGGAAGCGAGCAAUUCCAAGUCCCUCAAGGGUAGCCCUGGCGACUAUGUUCUCACGGCGUUUUCGGAAUCGAAAUGUCUCGGCAACGGCUAUGCCCUGCCGCCCGGCAAGUGUAUCAACGGCGACAAGUUCACGACCUACGAGGUCCAAUUCAUCCCCAUCGCCAAGCGAAGCAACGCAACGGCCCUGCUGGAGUUGUACGCCGACUACUACGCCGAAUUCCCCGAGGAGGCCGAGGAGCUUAAACGCCAGCUGAACGAAGCGUAG